AUGAGGGACGAUAUCGUCGAAAGCCCGCUCAAGCAGGCAGGCAGCGGGACAACAGCCCAGCGCGACCGAAGCGUGACCGCUGGCCCCUCCAAGACUUACCUUGAGAUUGUGAGCAUGUGCGAUGACUUCCCGUAUGAGCCUUCUGCCGCAUUGUCGUAUUACGAGCUGUAUCUGCCGAAUGACGACUGGCCGCAUGGGUAUCUGUUGUCAAAGACCGUGCAAAAGAUGCCAUGGACGGCAGAUUUCCAUGUCUCCCAUAGCCCACAGAAGAUGGUGACCGUGCUCGACGCCUCGAAUGGGCAGAAUACGCCAUCCGCUGUGAACACAGCCUUCCAGAAGUUGAUCGAUCUAUGCAUUGAGCAAGAUUGUUUCCAUCUGCUUGGUGGCCGUCACAGUGAGCUCUUCGCCAUUCCCGGGGCCAAUUACGGAAUGCCAGUUUAUGUCGAGCGCUUCGCAGCCGCAUUGUUUGGCAUCACGCAACGGGGGGCUCACAUGGUGGCCUACAUCAACACUCACGACGAAGGAAUGAAGAUUUGGGUGUCUAGACGAUCUCAGCAUAUUUACACGUAUCCCGGAAUGCUAGACACGACCGUAGCUGGUGGCGUCAAGUCCGGCGUGCCGCCACUCCAGACUAUCAUUGAAGAGUCAGAUGAGGAAGCAUCACUACCUGCAGCACUGGUACGCGAGAGAGUACGAUCGAAAGGCGUGCUUACCCACAUGUCCCUCACCGGUAAAGGCUUCCCCGGCGAGCAAGGGCUUGUGGUGCCAGACUAUAUCUACGUUUACGAUAUUGAGCUGCCAGGCGACGUCGUACCGAAACCACACGACGACGAAGUCAGCAACUUCUACUGCAUGAGCGUAGACAACGUCCAACGUGCCCUGCUGCAGGAAGAGUUCAAGCCAGACUCCGCGGCUGUGCUGAUCGACUUCUUGGUUUCGCACAGCAUCAUUACGCCGGAGACGGACAAAGACUUCGUCGACAUCAGCAUGCGUCUGCAUAGACAUCUGCCUUUCCGAACGGGCCCUCCUUGA